AUGGCGAUGUUCGGGGCUGAUUCUAUCGCCGCAAAGCUCCUAGCAGUCCCGAUGAAAAUGUGGCCCUUCAUCCUCAUCGCUGUUGUAGCGUUCGCAGCAGUACGGCUCUUUCAAUCUUUGUCAAAGCAAGAUCCGAUUUCCAAGAUCCCACUUGUUGGCGGCGAAAUCGAGGAUGAGAGCACGAGGCGCAUGAUAUUUGCAAAGGGAGCAAAACAAGUAUACCAGGAAGGGUACCGCAAAUUCAAGAAUGGAUUGUUCCGAGUCUCUUCGCCCCGAGAAUCCACGGUCAUAGUUGUCUCGCCGCACUUCAUGAAGGAACUAAGCGCUCUUCCUGACGACCAAUUAAGCUUCCACGGGGCUUUGAAAGAAGUGAACCGUCUGAAUCCCAUUAUCGCCGAAGAAGUGGCCAUGGCUUUCCAAGAUGAACUCCCCCCCUGCAAGGACCUCACCAGGGUCCCAAUCAACCGCGCCCUCUGGAGGAUUGUUGCCAAGGUCUCGGGCCGCUUUUUCGCCGGCGCCGAGCUCGCGCGUUCCGAGGAAUACAUGGACAUGAGCAUCAACUAUACGCUGGAAAUCGCGGGCGCCGUGAAAGGUAUCGCUGCGAUCAAGCCAGAGGAGAGAGCGGCCAAGGCUCCAAGUCUCCCCCAGCUCCUACAGCUUCAGAAUCGGCGGAAGCGGACCCUCGAGUUUAUUCGCCCGCUGAUCGCUGCUCGCAAGAAGGCAAUGGCCGAGGAUAUAGAUUACCAGGCGCCCGACGACAUGAUCCAGUGGAUCCUCAACGGCGAGGGCAAGUACGGCAAGCUCUCUGUCGAGGAGCUCGCGGAGAUCCAGCUCUUUCUCAUUUUCGCCGCCAUCCACACUACCACCAUGACAACGAUCAACGCCUUUUACACGCUCGCCGCCAUGCCCGAGAUAGCCCCCGAGAUGCGCGACGAGAUCCGCGCCGUGCUAAUGGAGCAUGGCGAGUUUUCCACCCCUGCGCUGCAAAAGAUGGAGAAGCUCGACAGUUUCCUGCGCGAGGUCAUGCGCGUGUACCCGCUGUCGCUGUCCACGUUCCAGCGCAAGGUCUACAGGCCAAUCACCCUGUCGAGCGGCCAAUUCAUCCCCGCCGGCGCCAUCAUCGAGAUCCCCGCGCACAGCAUAGUCCACGACCCGGAGCGCUUCGACAGGCCCGGCGAGUUCGACGCGUUCCGCCACUGCCGGGCGCGGCGCAGUGCCGGCGUCGCGAGCCCCGACGGCGGGAAGAAGGCGCCGGGCGCAGGUGGUGCUGCCGCCAACCAGAUGGUCUCCACCAGCCUGAACAACUUGCCAUUUGGAUACGGGCGGCUGGCGUGUCCCGGACGGUUUUUUGCCGCGAAUGAGAUCAAGAUGAUUGUGGCGCGGGCGAUUCUGGAUUACGAGAUCCAGCUGGCAGACGGGGCUGCGGAGAGGUACCCGAAUAUCGAAUACAACGAGGCUAAUAUCCCCGACCCGUCCAAGGAACUAAUGUUCAAGCGGGUGCCUAUCUAA